CUUAAAAGUGAUUUUUGUUAAGAACGCACUAUUAUGGUUCCCUUCACAGCAUCAUCUUGCAUCGCAUCAAAUCCUUUACCUAACCAACAUGAGUUUUCGAAAAUGUGCCAAACUUAUCUUGGCGUGUUUAGUUUGGGUCAGUUACCUUGGAAUUGGAGCAACUAUUUUCCAGGCUAUCGAGAGGCAAAACGAAAGAAAGGAAAAGACUCGUUUAAAAUCUGAGAUCGCUUCGUUGCAGGGCAAAUACAACAUUUCAGAUGAGGACUUCAACAAAUUAAGGGAGAUUUUCGAAAGUCCCUACGCUUCGACAGAAAUAGAAACUUGGAAGUUUGGCAAUGCGUUCGUUUUUGCAGGGACAAUAUUGACCACUGUCGGCUAUGGCCAUAUAGUUCCCUUGACCUCAUGGGGCAGGAUAUUUUGUAUUGUGUAUGCGCUGUUUGGAAUACCACUGACCUGUGUUUUUUGCAAGCUAGUGGGUACAAAUAUCAACGAGAGUAUUACUAAAAUGAUCAGGGCUAUGAAAAACAAAUUUCUCAAACGAGACACGGAACACCAUGAGGCAACUGAAAGUGCCUUGGUCGCCACUUUUCUGGCUAUCUUCAUUCUUUUUAUUAUUUCUUUUAUGGCAGAUUUAAGACGUGAAGAUUGGACUUACUUGGAGAGUUUUUAUUUCUGUUUCCUAACAUUUAGUACCAUAGGACUGGGAGAUUUCUUGCCUUUCGGGGAAGGAAGGGUUGGUCUCAGUGAAUACCUACUGAUGGCAGCAGGGGUCAUUCUAGGAUUCUCUAUGAUGUCCACAAUGCUCUGCGCUCUUGGUCAGGCGGUUGAGGAAGGCACCCGUCUGAAAAAACUUAAUUUGCUUGAGACUACGAUUGAGAAUUCUGACAAGAGUAAAGCCAAUUUAAAAACCAGCACGAGCCAAGAACUGGUUGACAUAGAUUAAGAAAAUGAACUCUAGAUGAGUUUGUCAUGUGAUAGAGGCACGAAGUGAAAGUACAUCAAGUACAUGACCUCUUACGUGCCACUAUACAAUUAUACUGGUAGUGAAGUAUAAUCGCAUGUAACACUUCCGAUGUGGAUCGUGUCUUUAUCACGGCGAGUCUUAUUCAGGCAAUACGCUCGAUUGGAAACACGUCAUCAUGGAGAUCGUUUUGCUUAGUAAUCUGCCGUGGCGCGGCUCUAAUCUUUUGGUUGUUUUUGCUUUUUUUCUUUUUUGUUGUUGUUAACCAUGCUUCUUGGAUUUCAAAUCCAGUAUCCCCUGUUGAUGUCAUUAGGGUGAGGUCUUAAGUAAAUCGUUUCUUUUACUCUGCGUGUCACGAUCAACGUAUAAACUUUGUUCCCUUCAGGCGCAGGCAAUGCUGUGAAACGGCGGAGGUCUGUGCAAGUCGGGUAUCCCUUGUGUUCACUGCGAUGACAAAGGGUGACGAAUCUAAUGUAAAAUCCUAAUCUUUUUAAUUGGAAUUGAUGUGAUUUUAAAAUAGCAUUUUAUAUUUUGAAUUCCAUGAAAAACUAGUUUUCUCUGUAGAUAAGAUACAUACUGACACUUCUGCUUGUAGAACCAGUUUGGUACAACUGUAAGCUAUUCUGUUUAAAAGUUAUGACUGUCACGUCAAGGGCCAGUUGUUUGUUAGGCAGAUUCUUUCUUGGUUUUUACGCUUUUGGGGAUUUCAUCUCAGUCUUAGUCAUUAAUCAAACACUUUACAAAAUAACUGAAAUAUUACGAGCACCAUGAUUGGUCAAAAACCUAUCGUUUAUAUUACUGGAAAACCCACAGCCAUAUGAUAAAAAAGAGAACAAUUAUUUUCAAUCUCACUUGUUCAUUUACCUUAAACGCAAUGCUAUCAUUAGAAUAAUGUCUUUUGGUAAAGCAUAGUUAGUAGAGGGGACUGGUUAGGAAACGCGGUAAGCUUCAAAGGGCCGGCCUAUUGUCUGUCCCCUGAGCUUCGAUUGAACGUCACGUGACCAAUGACCCUGCACAGAACCAAAACAACAUGGCGGACAUGAACGACUUAUUUUUCUUCGGCGACGAAUUUAAUGCCAUAUUGGAACUUUGGAAAACGAGGAAGAAUUACAAGAGCACUUUGUCGAAGCAGCUGACUCUCUAAGUCUUUGAGAAGCCUUUAAAACGUUAUUUUCGCCCAAAAACUUUGUAGUUAUUGAUGCCCUUAGCAACGGCAUCGGUCGUAGUACAACAUUUUUUUACUGAAAGUCUUUCGAUUUUGAGGUUCAAUACGAAGAGGGAAUUUUUUGCGAGUUGUGCCAAAAGAAAUGCAAGACUAAGGCUGGAUUAAAAAGACAUAAGACAGUAAAGCACAAGGAGGAACAAGCGCCCUCUACUAACUAUGGGUAAAGCCUUUCAGUUAAAUCCUGGACGCCAAAAAUAUUUGCGAUUUCUUGCCAAUUGAUAAAUCAACUACGAUAAUUAAUAUUCAUUUAAAAUAUAUUUAACAAUAGCAAGUUCCCUUGUUACUAUUUUGCAAAUUAUCGAGUAUGAAUGAACAACAAAAUCGCUUCUGAAAACCUAUCCAGCCAAACAUCAAUCAUUUAUGUGGUUGGUCACUAUUGGGUUUUGUCGCUUAUUUAUAUAGUCACAUAUUUAGUUCAUGACAAAUGUAGAGCUUCCCUGUAGAAAAGUCGUCAUCAAACCAUUAUUAUUAUAUUAUUG